AUGUUUAUCUAUCAGACAAUGAUUAGCAGAACUAGUGAUGGACUGCCACUUACAGCAAGCACCGACAGUGGAGUAGCUGGACAAAAUAAUGCCAAACUGAAUCUCCAAGAAGGAUUUCAACAAUUGAAGCUUAUAUGCAAAAAGGCAGCCAAUUUUUCUGACAGAUGCAGCUAUGUGAUAGGACCAUUGGCCAUUUAUUUCAUUUCAGCUUUGAAUAUUACCUACUCUGUGCUUUGUGAUGUUUCCUACCCUUCUGUCUUGGCUUUCUCAUUCCUCAGCGACAUUCAGAAAGAAUUCCUUACAGAUUAUGACAAAAGCAAAGUUGACAGUGCUCUCCGACCUUAUUCACUUAUAGCAUUUGAUACAAAACUUCAAAGAAUUAAAAAUAAAUACAAUAAUCCACGUUCACUAACAACAAAAAUUAAUCUCUCAGAAUUAAGCCAAGAAAUUAAAUUACGGCCACCUUUUCAGAUUUCUGACUUCCAAAUCCAGCCAGAGAAGUACGAAACAAUAGACAAUGGGCACCGGUCAUUAUACUACACUGCUGCCAGUAUGGGUGGACGAUAUAUUCCCCUUGGAGUGACUGGCUAUACAGCAUUGGCUAUGUCAAUAAUGUGUCUUAUAUUACACUUGAUUCACGGAUUGAAUGUUGUCAGCACAGGACACAUGGACAUUUAUGAUGAGUAUUUCACUCAGUAUGCUGCAGCAUUCUUCAUAUCUUUUGUGCUGACAGCAUUCCAGAUCUACCUGAUGCUUUUCCCGUCAAAACAGAGGAAGCCCCUGGCAACUGCCACCUUGAUCAGUAUAUGCUUAUGCCAAGUGUAUGUCUGGGAAUACAAGAGUAGUCUUAUAGUAGUCUCAUUCUACAUAAUGGUCGCCUUCUUCACAACUUGCAUCAUCUUCUCUCGGAGACUUGAAGAAAAACAACAACACUACAUGCUUUGA